AUGGACAACGCAUAAAUUACUAUUAACUAUGGCGACGGAAGAACUGAAUUUGGUUGUCAUGAACGCAGGCGGGCCGGGCAACGCAGAGAACAGGCGGAAAGGAAUCGCGAAAGUGCUAAAGAAAAAAAAACCUCUGUUAGUUUUCAUGCAAGAGUUUAACUGUAAUAAACUUCACGAAGGACGGUGGGGCAGUCUGAAAGUGCCGCAUUGUUAUCAAUGUGUCGGAGACGGGGAUGUCGGUUUUGUGUACGACACCGAUAAGAUAACUCUCACACGAUACGACAACAAGAAGUGCGUUACUCGUAUGCACAAACAACUUUGUAAACAUAGCCACGUAAAGAAUUACGCCGAACUCUCCCGAAUGUGCAUCUAUGUGAUGGAGAGUAAAGGAGCUCCGAGUUAUAAACUGCUCGUCAUCUCUUGGCACGGACAUCACAAGUGCGCAGACACCGUGAAGGAAGAGGUGGUCAGGUUGUUUUGUAAGUUCAUCAUUUUACUCGAGGGCAAAUAUCGACUCCCAGUGAUUGUGGGUGGAGACUUCAACUUGAAGGCGACCUCUGUGGAGAAGUGUCUGCACGAAGAUCUCCACGUGAUCAAACCGUCUGAGUCCGCCAUAGACAUGUUACUCGUUCACAAGGAUGUCUCGAAGAUCACAGCCAUGGGUCAGCUCGAAAAGAUUAUGUGGAAGACUGGCAAAGUAGAAGAGACGUUCAACCAUGUUCCAUUGAAGAUAGCGUUUCAUCCCAAAGUCUCUAUUGAAGAUAGGCUUUCAUCCUUGAGUCUCUCACAGAACAAAUAGUGGUCCAGCAGUCGUUACAGACGAAAAUCAGCUUUAAAAAAGGUUGAAGCUGUUGGUGAAGAUGGAACAGAUUUGCGUUUCCUGAGGGAAAUGGGGAAGCACUAUGUCAUGUCUGAUGUAUUGGACACCUUGUUUGUUUUUUUCAAUGAGAUCCUGGACAUUAUGCCUGUUCCAAGGAUUGAUGGGCGAGGACCCCAUUUCUUUUAAAGACACAAAUUGCCUACAUGAUUUCUGUGUUUAGUAUUGGAUCCCAAUGAUCAAAUUACAAGUUUUAUUCCAGUGAUUGCCAACUAUUUUUUUCUCAUAUUUCGUUUAUUGGGUUUUUUCUCCAGUCAUUAAAGUAAGAUGUCAUACCUUAACACUAACUGAGAGGCAAUAUUAUCCUGCUGAGUUUAUUUACAGAGCUUCUACUUCCAAUCUUUUUCAUUCAUUAUAAAAGUGAACUGGAAAUAAUACAAAGAUUAAAGUUUUUAAAAACAUAUUUUACCGGUUUUCUGUGUCACAAGUCUAUAGCAUACAGUGUAUAUUUUUUUUAAUUAUUACUCAAGGCAAGUUAUCACAUCCUAGGAAUGAUUAAGUGAUGCUGCCAAAUGGGGUCAUCUGUAUGAUUUGCAGUGUUUUUAUGAUGUAUUUUGGCAUAAUCAGUGUGUGUGUUAUGUGCAGGUGGUGGUUUGAAAUAGUCUUUCUA